AUGGCAUUUGCAGCGAUCAACUCGUCCAAGAAUUCUUCAACGCGGCCAGUUGUAGGACAAGCUGCCCCAGCAGUGAAUCGUGCAGUCAUUGACAGUGCUUUUGCGGCGGAUUCGUCGUUGAGGAAGCGCGUUUACGAUGCGAUCAGCGUCUCACCCCAGCACGGAGCCCUCUUCCAAGAUAUCGCACAGUACACAUCGGGCCUACAGGCUCAGUUACAGCAGCAGCACCAACAACAACAACAACAACGUCAAUAUCAAACAGCCCAGUCCGCUGCUACAUCUGAAAAACAGCCGGCGAUUAAGAAACGCAAGUUGGAAACCGAUCAAAGCACAUCAACAAGCCUACCGUCCGUCCAGGAUCUCAAGGCAGAUAGUCCGCUGCAAUUUUUCGUGCAAGAUGUGUCGUUUGCGGUGCCUCAACGGAAGAAACUGACUCUGGAAAUGACGGCUGCUGGCGGCCAUGGAUAUCUACGUGCAAGGAAUCAGACGUCGAAAGGGGUUGAGUUUGGUAUUCCGAUAAAGGAUAUUCAACAUAUUCUCUGCCUCCCUGUCCCCGAAAAAGCUCAACGACAAUCCAAUUUCUGCAUCAUACCGAGAUACGGGGAUGGCGUAACGCCGGUCCCCGACAACUCAUCGAUUCCAGACCAGAUGGUAUGGACGAUACCGGAUGGACCAGCAAAGGCUGCUUAUACGGGCAAUGGACAGCGCGUAGAAGGUGGAGAUGAGAGCGGCGAAAGUCUGCUUAGACGCUGGCUGAACGAUGGUAUUGGGCAUGCCAAAGUCAUACGUCCUGAUGAGCGCGAGUUUGUCAGCGCUACGCCCGAGGCACAUCGCAAGGGCGAGAAGGCGUAUCAUGUCAAAGCUCACAGGGGGAGUAAAGAUGGUUACCUAUUCUUCCUUCCUACGGGCAUCCUGUUCGGAUUCAAGAAACCGCUACUAUUCUUCUCAUUCGAGAACAUCGAAUCCGUAUCCUACACGUCGGUUCUCCAACGAACAUUCAAUCUGAACAUCACCACGCGCGUCGACGCCAACGAAGACACGCAGGAAUUUGAAUUUUCCAUGAUCGACCAAGCUGACUACGCAGGCAUUGAUGCAUACAUCAAAGCACAUGAACUGCAAGAUGCAAGCUUGGCAGAAGCCAGACGCGCAAAGAAAUACAAUGUCAACGCCGGGAAGGGCACCGACAAGACCAACGGCACGGACGCAGCAUCAGCAGCAGGCGGAGUUGCAGCAGAGGAGGAAGAGGAGAGCGAACUGCAAAAGGCGCAGCGCGAGUUGGAGGACCAGGAAGACGAGGAAGAGGAAGACUACGAUCCGGGCAGUGAUGGGGAGAGUGAUGGGAGCGGAACGAGCAGUGAGGAAGACGAGGAUGACGAGGAUCAGGAGGGCGACGAAGACGGAGACCUGGUCAAGGAGGAGCUUGGGAGCGAGGCAGAGGAGGAUCUGUAA